GUUUUUUUCAACUUCUAUUUUUUUCUUUUAUUGUUUACGUUUGAUUUUUUUUUCUUUUCUAAUUUGAUUGAUUAACAAUUAGCUUUAAAUUUGAUAACUUUUCAUCCUCAAUGUCACUUUGAGAUCCAUAGGAAACUAUGAACGACAGUAAAUAUAUCAAAAAUACCCUCAGACCGUGAUUGAUUUGCUGUUCUAUCAAAAGUUUUAAUCACCAUUAUGAUGUCAUUCUAAAGUGGUGAUUUGAAUACUCUUUCCGUUUUUAUCAACAUGUCCAAAGACAAUAGUACUGAACAACCUGAACCAGUGGCGUCUACUUCAGUUACCACUUCAGGCCAAACGGCCUCAUCAACCAAUGGUAAAAGUGAUUGUAUUGACUACGCUGGUAAAACUUAUAAAAUUGCAACGGAACCAAAAUGUUUCAAUGAAUCUUUGGAAGGGUCAACUGAAAGUGAAUAUGACCAACAGAAAGUGGCUGCUAUCCGACGAGAAUUAAAGUAUCACUUCAUGAAUCCAAUCAACAAAUGGAAAAGUAAAAAGAAAUUCCCUUGGAAAUUGCUCCUUCAAAUAUUGAAAUUGAUCAUUGUUACCGUUCAAAUUGGUUCUUUUGGCCUGGAAAUUUCCCGUUACAAAUCACACCAGGCCAGUGUAGACAUUACCCUUCGAGAGAUAUUACUCUCCGAUUGGGAUCCAGUUCGGGAAGUGAUGACCUACCCUCCAGCUGCCGGACCGUUUGCUUGUUAUACCAAAAAUGAUCUGGAUCGGAAUAUAAACUAUUUCGUGAAAAGUUUCUCCAACAUAACAACCGCUAGUCUUAAAUCUUUUGCCUUUGAUUCAACUGAUCCAACGAUUGUUUCACCAAUUUCGUUGGAAAUUGUGAGAUUUGCUCGAGGAGAUGAGAACGCAUUUAACUUUACCUACAAUUUUAGUAACGAUAUUGAAGUUGAUCAUUUGGUUAUUGAAAAUUACGCUUUUGCCGGUGAUCCUCGUUGGAAUUCAUUUUCUUUCCAAAAUUUUCUCUCUUCUCAAAAUUAUUCCAUCAACUUCGAUAGUCUGAUCAAGCUUAAAGUCGACACUCAUCUUCGAACCAUUUUUCGAAACGCUUUGGACUCUUACAAUCUCCCAGAAUGUUACGAUAUCAAAAUCUCUCUAGCAUUUGAUAAUUCACUUCACGCUGGUCAAAUUAUCAUGAGUCUCGACACUCGAAGUGAACAUAAAAAAUGCUUUGGAAAUUUGGAAGGAAACAAAGUCUCCCGAUUUUCGGUGAACGAAAUUUCAAGCGUUGCUGUAAUUAGUUUAACCUUUUUAUCCUCCAUUUUGUGCCUUCGCUCAAUCAUCAGAGGACUUUUACUCCGUCGACGGGCAAUUAACUUUUUCGCCAAACAUUAUGACCUAACACUUAGCUUUCAAGACAAAAGUGAUUUCAUCGAUCCAUGGAUUUACCUUAUAUUCAUCAACGACAUCGCAUUAAUGAUCGGCUCAAUAAUCAAACUAAUUGGUGGUCCAAUCGAUCAUAGUCAAUCCUUGACCAGUACAUAUUCAGUCCUUUUCGGCGUUGGAAUCUUAUUGACCUGGACGGGAAUCCUUCGCUAUAUCAGUUUCUUUGAUAAGUUCAACAUCGUUAUAUUAACGGUAAAAAAAGCCUUCCCAGAUAUAACUAAAUUCACCUUUUGUGCUAUUCUACUUUACAUUGGUUAUUGUCUCUGUGGUUGGAUUGUUCUUGGUCCUCAUCAUUUGAAAUUUCGUUCCCUUAGUUCAUCAUCUGAAUGUCUUUUCGCACUUCUCAAUGGUGAUGACCUUUAUGCGACCUUUGCAACCCUCGCCACGGAAGAUAUUGUCAUUUGGUGGUUUAGUCGUUUAUUUAUUUACUCAUUUAUAUCACUUUUUACUUAUGUUGUUCUAAGUCUUUUCAUCUCAAUCAUCAUGGAUGCAUGGGACAUAAUUAAGAACUACAACCCACCAAUUAUGACCGAUAUGCAGAAAUUCAUUGAAGAUUGUGAUGAAGAUGUUUUUAACCAAAUUCGAGAGGAUCAAAAUCAAACAUCAUUCCUACGAAAAGUUAAAUCCUUCUUUAAAUUCAACACUCAGGACACUAAUCCGUUACUCUUUUAAAUUUGUUCGAACCCUAACAAAAAUAUGACCAAGAUUCGAUCUCAUAUUUCAUCAUCUUAAUUGUAUAAUUUCAUCAUAAUCUUAAAACAAAUUGACAAAAUCACA